UCCUUUACCUUUAAUUGCACAUGUUAAUGAAAAUUUUCAUAUAAGAUUUAAGUAUAAUAAUAUGAAUUCUAAAUUAAGACCAUGGCGUAAUUCCAUGUUUUUAGAAAGGUAUAAAAGAGGCGUUUGCUAUGGGUCGAAUUGCCCACUGGGAGAAAAAAUUUUACAAACCAGGACAAUUAAUUAUGGCAACAGCUGAACAAUACAGUAGAUUUUUGCGCCGCAAGUUAUCGGAAGAUGACCUGAGGAGGUUAGACUACCCCAGGCCUGACCCCAACCGAAACGAGGGCGUGGUUAAACUGUAUGGCGAUCACUUUGGGUUUAAGAAAGGAAAAUGCAAAAGGUGCGAGAAACCGUUUGAUGUAACAUUUGCUAAUAGAACGCAGUGUGACUUCCAUACAGAGAGCGGUAGGAAGCAACACCCGCACGGUUGCUGUGGAAAAGGUCUUGGUUUAAGGGGCUGCCGUAUUGCACCGAGCCAUGUGUACAAAGGAAACUUGUACCUGGACCUUCAAGGAUAUAGAAGAACUCAACCUAGUGAACAUCCUGUUGAUGGUAACUAUGGCGUAUAUGCCUUAGAUACGGAAUCGGUUCAUACAGUGAGGGGUCUGGAAGUAUGCAAGGUGUCGGUAAUUGACCCGACACUUCAAGUGGUCUACAACGAGUUCUGUCAACCGACGUCAGAAAUAGUAGACUACAAUACGAUAUGGAGCGGUGUGAAUGAAGAGGAUCUACAAGAUGUUACAACAACGUAUGAAGAGAUGAGGGAUGAGAUGCUGGAACUGUUCUCUGCCGACACGAUAAUGAUUGGACACGGUCUUAACCAUGACCUCAUUUCAAUGAAGAUUAUACACGAGAAGAUUGUUGACACAGUUAUGCUGUAUCCACACGACAGUGGACUUCCUCUCCGAAAAUCCCUUAAGGAAAUUGCCAGAAGUGUCUUACAAUUGAGCAUUCAAGUUGGAGAGGGCCAUGACAGUAAAGAAGAUGCAGAGGCGACCAUGAAGCUUUCGUUGAAAAAUCUAGAACAGAAUGACGAGGAAACAUAGUUGUUUCAGAACUUAAAUCAUACAUACAUAUAUAUACAUGCACUAUUUUUGAAGCAAACUUUUUUUAUUUAUAAUUAAAUGAACUUAUUAAUUUAGAUGUCCUAAAAUCAAUAUAAAACUAUCAAGUCAAAACUUUCAGUAUGAAAUAAUGUAGUUUAAUUGGGACUGAUUAAGAAUAAAAAUACGUUAUCAUGAAAUAUUGAUAUUGAUACAUGUGCUUGUUAAAUAAAUAGAAUUUACUGAAACACAAAAAAGUUGUUUGAGCUUAAAUAGAUGUGUUUACUUUGUUCUAUAUGACCUUUCAAUCUAUACAAUCAUAGUUAAAACUGUACUAGAAACAUAAUGAUUUUAUAAAUGUUUUGUAUGCAGCAUAAUUUAAAAAUGAUUAAUGAACUACAAUAAAAGUGGUUAGUGACACUUAUUUGUUCUGUUCAUUUUCCAUCAUUUUGUUUAUGUCAUUAAAAUAUUAUUGACGAGUUUGUUUCGAACUUUGACCUCGAAUCUCCGGCACUUCACAACUACGAGUAUCAUCAUGUAAAGGAAAAUUGUGGAUUUUUAAAGUCAAAUGACAAGUCCGUUGUCCAAAGAGGUACGCGUUUGUGCCUGAGUUAAUGAAAUAAGUGAAAACUUGAUAUUUCACGCAU